CCGGAUGUUGGCAACUGAUCGAUAAGAAUAUGUCGGAGGAAUGAAAUUCUCGUCAAAGUCUUGGACAAAUGAACAAAAACUACACCUUUUUGGAAAGAAGCCAAAGCUUUAUUCAUGUAGAAAGUAAUAUUGAAUAUUGGAGGGACAUAAAACUUUAGCUUACCAUGGCUCCCUCGUGUGUCAAUACGUGCUGUUCAGCCGUCAAAUGGUCGCCUGUAAUUUUCAUCACGGCUAUUGUCGUCUGGUCUUAUUAUGCUUAUGUUGUACAGAUGUGUCUUUUUGCUGUUGAAAGUAUACCAGAAAAAGUUAUUUAUCUUUUACUAUACCAUCCAGUGUUGGUGAUGUUUGUUUGGUCCUAUUGGCAGACUGUCUUUACACCAUAUGGACCUGUACCUAAAUCUUUUUAUAUGAGUACAGAAGAAGCUGCUGCAUUAGAAAGAGAACCAAGUGAAGACAGACAAAGAGAAAUAUUGAAAAACUUUGCUAGAAAUUUACCGGUAUUAAACCGUACAAUGUCUGGAGCUCCAAGAUAUUGUGAAAAAUGUCAUUGUAUAAAACCAGAUAGAUGUCAUCAUUGCUCAGUCUGUUCCGCGUGUGUUCAAAAAAUGGACCAUCAUUGUCCAUGGGUAAAUAAUUGUGUUGGUUUUACCAAUUACAAGUUUUUUGUGCAGUUUUUAGGCUAUGGCUUAUUAUAUUGUAUUUAUAUUGCUUUAUCAACACUGAAGUAUUUUAUUCUCUUUUGGACGAAUGGUGCUGAAGGUGGAAUGGGCAGAUUUCAUAUAUUAUUUUUGUUUUUUGUUGCCAUAAUGUUCGGUAUUAGUCUUAUUUCACUGUUUGGCUAUCAUAUAUUUCUAACACUUCACAAUAGGUCAACAUUAGAAUCUUUUAGGCCACCAAUCUUCCAAUCCGGAGCAGAUAAAGAUGGUUUUAGUUUGGGUACUAAAGGUAAUUUUAAAGAAGUUUUUGGUGACGACCCUAAAAAAUGGUUUUUACCUGUAUUUUCUAGUAUAGGUGAUGGGGUCUCUUAUCCAACUCGACAUCCACCCAUGGUUGGCUAUCAGACAAUGGGCAGCACUAAUCCUCCCAGUGUUGGGGAUGGAAUAAACUUUCCUACUCGUAAUAUUGACAUCGAUUCUGAUACCUUAUUGGGGGAUAGACAAAGAUGGAUGGAAGAAGGCAAUGAACCAGGUAAGUAAGGUGAUAGCAGUGACGGAUGUGAAAACAAAGCUUUACAAUGACUUAAAGAGAAGCCAAAUAGUUAGAUAUUGUUACAAGUAGACAAAUCUGAUCAAAAUCUAUUGAUUGUUGUUAUUUCCAAAAUUUAUUAGAUACAAUAUUGAUUUAUAUUAAAAAUGCAUAUACUAUGGUAGGGUGCCCCACACAGAAUUUGCACUAUUAAAAGUUGAAAAUACUUCUGCAAAUGUUCACGUAGAUGUUCAAAUAACGAUUUCUCAAGUGAUUUCUCUGUAAUGUUUCAUAUAAAAUAGUCUUGAUUAUACAGGUCUGUCAAAAAGCCAGAGAAAAGUCAAUAGACUGGAUUAACACGACUGAUUUCAAACCCUAAACAUGAAACCUAUUUUGCACUGUUUAUUUAGUGAUCAUAAAUGGGGAAAACUAGUUAAGGUUUGUUAUAUAAUAUAUGAUAUAUCUUGAGAUAUUUAUGGUGGGGUACACUAACUAUGGUCAACUUGAACAUAACUUUUAUAUUUUAUAUUGUGCAUUGAUACUGAAACUGCUUAUUUCAAAUUUGUAAAAGCAUACAUCAGUAAAGACUUUAAAUUUACUGCUGAUUUGGUUUGGUAACUAUACGUAACCCUUUAGCAUUUGGACUACUCGAAACUAGUGCUCCUUAUGCUGACCCAAUGUGGAAAGCUGUUUAGUGAUAGUGAAUAGUCAUUCCCAUGACUAUUAGUUUGACUCAGUUUGAGGAUAAACUAGUAUGAAAUAUAUCACUAGGUAGUCAAUAUUUACCUGUACCAUGUGCUAAAGAGUUAACUCGGAUUUAAUAACAAAACCAAGCACAAUACAUUUAAUUAGCAUAUUACAAAUAUUUAGUAUAAACCAGGAUUAUCAACUAUAUCAUCUAAAAUCUUAAUCUAAAACUCUAGCUAGAUCCUUAUUCAAAAUAUUUUAAUUUAAAAAUUCUUCUUAACUCUUUGAAGUCCUAACAUUCUUGUUAUUCCUUUACCUCAAAGUAAAUAGUAUACUAUACACUAGACAAUUAAAUACAAUGCUAGUAAAAAUAUGUUUUCUUUUUAAGAAAUCAAGAUUAAUAUUGAGUCUAUCACAACAUUAUAUCUGUCUCCGUUUUGUAAAGUUAAUUGAUUUUAUGUGCUUCAAGCAGGUUUAUUGAAUAACAUGAAGGUUAUGCUAUAUAAAGAUGAUUAUUAUUAUUGUGUGACAGUCUAAAACAAUAGUGAGGUGCAGUCUGAAAACUAUUACCGGUAUAAAGUUAUUUUAUGAGAGAGAGUCUAAACAAGUAUAAUUGAAAGCUUUUUAAUGAGGGACAGUCUAAAAACAUUGUCAAAACAAUAUUAGCAAGUUAUUAAAAAGGAUCAAGUCACCACAUUUUCUUGCCUUUUUUUUUUAAAGGGGGUAAUAUUAAUAAUAAGCAAUAAUAAUUGUUAAUUUUAAAUGUUGUAAGAAAUUUCAGCAUUCCCAUCAUUGAAAUAUGCAUUAAUUCUAGUUGGCAUCCAUUUUGUAUAUACAUGUACAUGUACCAUACUUAAAUUCCUAAGUAAUUUGUUGUCAAGUGUACAUCUCUUAAUGAUCUCGGCAAUGCAUUGUGUUUGAACAUACAUUAAUACCUUGAUUAAAUAUUUUGUAAUAUAUGGACAAAUACAAGGAAACUAACUUUCAAUAAGAAUUAUAUUUUGGCAAAAAUAUGUGAAAAUAUGUAUUUCAUUAAAGAAAAUUUGUGUACAACUUUGUGUUUGUGAAGACUAAUCAUUUACCUUGUAAAACUGUGAAGAGCUCUUUUCAAAAAUGUGAUAAAACCAUGCUAGAUUUUUUGAAAAUUUCUUUUAAAGUUUCAAUGGUGAAAUAAUGUUAAUAAACUGAAAAGAGAGCUUCAUUCUUUGAAAUAGCUGUAUUCCUGAAUGGUGACUAGGGCUAAUCAAAAGUUAUGUCUUCUUUAUUUUAUUAGAAAUGAUUUUUGUUGUAACUUUUGUCAAUUCAGGGGAAUACAAGAAAAAGGAUGUAAAUAUAAUGAUAAUUGCUAUAUCCAUCCUAAUGUAUAAAGUUAUUAAAUAUUGUAAAUAUUAUUUAUAUUGAAAUUGUUAGAUAGUGGUUUUCAUUGCUGUGAAAUUCUCCGUUUUAUAGAGUUGUGUAUAUUGCUGCUUGUAUCAAAGAUUUAAUUUUUUAGAGGCACAGGAGGUCACUUCCAUAGAACUUUUUCAUGUGAUUAUAGUAUUCAUCUACCGGUAUUCAAAACCAACAAUUCCAUGAAAGUGACAUCCAUUCUCUGGUUUAAUGACAUGUAUCUCAGUCGGUAUAGAUAUGUUUAUUAUUAUUAUAAAUAUGUUUAUUGAAAUCACCUAGUAUUAUCUUAGUACUCUUGUUUCAUUUAAACAUUGUUCUUUUAGACGUCAUUUGUUAAACUUAGAUUUUUGUUAUUUAGAAACAAACUUAUUCUACGCAUUUGAUAUGUUGCUUUCUAGCCAUGGUCCCCCCAACAAAUUGUUAGUACACUCAAUGCCUUGGAUCUUUCUGUCAAUGGCAACCUCAAUGCCCAUUCCAUUUCUUCAGACUACACCACAAAUUUAAUGACUAUUGCCAUUGAUAUGUUGUGUAGGAAAGUUUAUUAUGCCUUAUUAGUGCAGGCUAUCCAGUCUAGACUUAUCUUUUUAAUGCUAUCCCGACUAUAUGAGCUUAGUAAGCCUUGAUUUUGUUAUUAAAAUUAUUGUAGAAGGAAGUUCCAAGGUAUUAAAAUGCUACUAAAAGAUGUCUCUAUGUCCUAGAUAAUGCAAAAUGAAUAAAUUGAAAAUUUCGGUCAAAUUACAUUUUUCUGAGUGAAUGUAUUACCAUUUUAAGUUUUGACAAGAUGUGGCAUAGAUUGUUUAUUAUCGUAACAACAGUACUUGUUAUUCGAGACUUAGCUUUGCUUCGCCAUUUUUAAAUUAAAUCAUUAAAUGGUGACAUUGUUUUAAUCCGAUAAUCUUGUAAAAAGGUGAUUUAUAGGCAUGUCAUGUGAAUAAAUGUCUAAAUAAUAGUUUAUAUAACUUUUUAAGCCAAAAUUAAGAACUGCAAUUAGCUCUUACAUAAUGCAUCUUUAAUAUUGAAUUUUUAUGAAUAAUAAAAUGUUUCAAUUUGUCUAAACAAAAACUAAAAAGACAUGUUGACGUUGUUAAUAGUACUGUUGUACACUAGAGCCUAUGUAGAUGAGAAAAUAUAUGAUGUCAACGUCGUUGUCAUAUUUCACGUAAUAUAUACUACUAUUAAUUUAAGAAUUUUUUCUGUGAAGACUAUAUUUUUUAUACUGUACUAGAAGAAGUGAUAUGUUAAACGCAUUUUUAUUUAUAUGCCGUUUCCAAAAUAAAUCAUUCAAUUUAUU